AGGAGGGACCCCCAAGAUGAAAUCGAGCGGAGUGUAUUUUAUGAACCAGCCAGAAAGCAAAGAGAAGGAUGGACCCCUUCGCGGACACGCUGCAGCGGCUGCGGGAGGCCUUCGGCUCGGGGUGCACGCGGCCGGCCGAGUUCCGGGCUGCCCAGCUGAAGGGCCUGAGCCGCUUCCUGCAAGAGAACAAGCAGCUUCUGCAGGAGGCGCUGGCGCAGGACCUGCACAAGUCAGUCUUCGAGUCAGAGGUGUCUGAAAUCAGCAUCAGCCAGAACGAGGUUAACUUGGCCCUUAGGAACCUGCGGGCCUGGAUGAAGGAUGAGAAAGUGCCCAGGAACCUGGCCACACAGCUGGACUCGGCCUUCAUCCGGAAGGAGCCCUUCGGCCUGGUGCUCAUCAUUGCCCCCUGGAACUAUCCUCUGAACCUGAGCCUAGAGCCCCUGGUGGGCGCCCUCGCAGCAGGGAACUGCGUGGUGCUGAAGCCCUCAGAGAUCAGCAAGAGCACUGAGAAGGUCCUGGCCGAGGUGCUGCCCCGAUACCUGGACCAGAGCUGCUUUGCUGUGGUGCUGGGCGGGCCCCAGGAGACCGGGCAGCUACUGGAGCACAAGUUCGACUACAUCUUCUUCACAGGGAACCCCCGAGUCGGCAAGAUCGUCAUGGCUGCUGCUGCCAAGCACCUGACGCCUGUCACGCUGGAGCUGGGGGGCAAGAACCCCUGCUACGUGGACGACAACUGCGAUCCCCAGACCGUGGCCAACCGCGUGGCCUUCUUCCGCUAUUUCAACUCCGGCCAGACCUGCGUGGCCCCCGACUAUAUCCUGUGCAGCCCCGAAAUGCAGGCCCGACUGCUGCCCGCCCUGCAGAGUGCCAUCACCCGUUUCUACGGCGAAGACCCCCAGAGCUCCCCAGACCUGGGCCGCAUCAUCAGUGAGAGGAAUUUCCAGCGGCUCCGGGGCCUGCUGAGCUGUGGCCGCGUGGCCAUCGGGGGCCAGAGCGAUGAAAGCGAUCGCUACAUCGCUCCCACGGUGCUGGUGGACGUGCAGGAGACGGAGCCGGUGAUGCAGGAGGAGAUCUUCGGGCCCAUCCUGCCCAUCCUGAACGUGAGGAGCCUGGACGAGGCCAUCGACUUCAUCAACCGUCGGGAGAAGCCCCUGGCCCUGUACACCUUCUCCAGCAGCAACCAGGUGGUCAAGCGGGUACUGGCCCAGACCAGCAGUGGGGGCUUCUGUGGGAACGACGGCUUCAUGCACAUGACUGUCGCCAGCCUGCCCUUCGGAGGAGUGGGCGCCAGCGGGAUGGGCAGCUACCACGGCAAGUUCUCCUUCGACACCUUCUCCCACCACCGCGCCUGCCUGCUGCGCCGCCCUGGGCUGGAGAAGGUCUACGCUCUCCGCUACCCGCCCCACACUCCACGCAACCUGAGGGUGCUGCUUACGGCCAUGGAGACCCGCAGCUGCAGCUGCGCCCUGCUCUGAGCCGCCCUACGCACAGGGGCUCCGAGCGUCCCUCCCAGCUCAUGUCUAUGAGUCCUCCGCUGCCGUGGCCACCUGAGGCUGGUGGAGACAUGACCUGGGGUCCACGACACAGGAGGAAAACACCUGCCGGGGCCACGGCCCAGACCAGUGCUUGCCCUCCUCCCGCCUGGGGCUUCUUUUUUCAGGCCCUCAACUGCCCCCCAGCCAGGAUGGGCCAAGGUUUGGGAGAAACGGUGCAGUAACCUGCCCUCCAGCUCCCACGCUGGCCACCUGUGUUCCGGGACACGAGGGCAGAUGUGGGCCCCUCUCAGGACCCCCCUUUUCUGUGGAGGGUGCAGAAGGGGUCCUGGCAUCCGGUCCAUGACACACUGCGGGCCUGCUGUGACCUGGGUCGUCCCUGCCCUCUCUGAGCCUGGUUCGCUAUCUGUUGCACAGAGGAGGUGAUUAAUGCCUCCUGAGAUCAUCGCGAGGAUUAAAUUUUGGA